CCAACUGCUUCUUUGGGACACACUGGCUUUGCUUUCUGUCUUCUCUUGCUUGUGGAGACUAUGGCUAAUAACACGACAAGUUUAGGGAGUCCAUGGCCAGAAAACUUUUGGGCUAUGAUUUGUCUGUGGCUUCUAAUCAACUUACAUUGCUGUUGCUGCUCUUACACAAAAUUGCUGCUCUGAGAAUAGGGUGACAAUGAGCUAAGGGCCAACAACUCCAUAUUCGAACCAUUUCAACCUUUAGUUUGUAAUAAUCAGUUAAGAAAAAAAAAAGAUUUCCUGGAAUUACGCCACAGGAACUCUGGCUUAAGUCAGAGCUGUCAACUCGAGAACAAAUUUCCAGACGUUUUGAAAUUUAAUUCAUUUAAUUUUUCUUGUAACUAGAUUAGAAAAUAUGAUUAAGUGUAGCAAGAUAUUCUUUUUACUGGAUCAGUCUGACUCUGAAAGCAGUGAAUAGAUCCUAAAGUCUUAAAGCAGAAAAAAGGAAGAGGGCUUUGAAGCUGUGUUCCCUUUAGGAAUAUAUUUUAGAAACUAUAAGAGAACACACAUGCCAGAAUUUUAAAAUAAGUAAAUAAAGGAGAGGAUAACAUGUUGCCUUGUUUCCCAUGAACUUUUUCAGACAGCUGCAUUUUUAUCGUACACCCUGGUUAAAUAUAUGCUAUGAUAUGGUGAGUUAAAAACCCACAAAUAGAAAUAACUAUCAAAGUUAUUUCUAUCAAAGUAAUUCUUUGAGGCAAACUGCUUUUGAAAUGAUUGAGUCAGGAAUGUCCAAACAAACCCUGAUGUGGAUGUGUGUGUUUGGGUAGGGAUGGGAAAUUUGAAACAAUUCAAUGUAAAGUGAGAACAAUUUUUAAAGAGAAAGAAGAAUGCAGUCCCCUGGAACAUACUCUCUGAUAAAAAAAAUCAUUUUAGGAGCAUUUAAUAUUGUGUAUGUCAAAUGAAUUGGCAAUUAAUUUUAUACAUACAUGAACUAGCAAUGCUGUGAUUGUUUUAUACAAUAAUGCUCAUGUUAUACUAUCUCAGAGAAAAUCUUUGAACCUUGGCUGAAACAUUUUCCUAGGAUUAGCUUUACAUAAAAGAAGUAUAAUGACAAGAAAUGUGAAAAUUUAUUUCUAGUAGCUUUUAAAAUUAGGGUAGAUUUCAGGAGCGACUAAGUCAGGUCUACAUAAAUAGUAUAAGAAAGAAAAAAAUAGGAGAACUGAUGCUUUGUAAUAAAGGAGAAUAAUAAAUCUUAAGCAUUGUGAAUAUGAUUUUCUUGUUUUACAUUUUGUAUUUGUUUCUGUAUGCAAUCUUUAUUUUUUAGAAGCAAUCCUACAGCCGUAGUUUUCACAUGACAGCCAUUCUCUUAAUUCACUCCGACUAAUUAAAUAUUAAGGCAUUUCAUACUAAUUUGAUACUUCUGCUUUAAAAGUGGUUUUCCUCUUUUUAUCUUACAUCUUGAAGUUACUCACUAUAAAUGUAUAAAAAUCAGACAUGACGACAAUUUAAUAUGAACUUCAAGACCUAUUCAUCCCAUGAGAUUAUGAGUGUGACGUCUUUCAGGGAGCUUUGUGAUUGCUCAGCCCUAAGUGCAAGUCCUAUAAAACGAGGGACUUUGAAAUGCUGGUCAGGGCGGAUUGAGAACAGAAGCUGCCAAGAACAGCCAAGCCUGAGCUAGUAGCAGGGGCUGAGAACUGGUGGAGGCUGUCCAGGCCUCGCGGGACUUCAGCACCAGGGACAGCUCUCCCAUCUUCCUCAGAAGACAAGAACUCUCCAUUCAGAACACAGUAGUACUUAGCAAGACACAGGAAUGGAAGCUGGAAGCAAGCCCCAGUUCCUGCUGCUCCUGACACUUUCCAGCAUCCUCUUCUCUCAGACCGUGGCCUGGCCCCUUUUUGGACCACCUUCUGCUUUGAGGGUGGAUGACAGAGUCCAGUUUGAAGGAGGAAAUGAGCCUGACCAAGUUUCAAUAAAAGCAGAUGCUGACAUCUUGCAAAAUGCAUUAGCUGAAAAUGACACACCCUAUUACGAUGUAUCCAGAAACACCAGACAUGCUGAUGGAGUUUUCACUAGUGACUUCAGCCGACUCCUUGGUCAACUUUCUGCUAAAAAGUAUCUUGAGUCACUGAUUGGAAAACGAGUUAGCAGUAACAUCUCAGAAGACCCGGCACCAAUCAAACGGCACUCGGACGCUGUAUUCACUGACAACUACACCCGUCUUAGAAAACAAAUGGCUGUAAAGAAAUACUUGAACUCAAUUCUGAAUGGAAAGAGGAGCACUGAGGGAGAAGCUCCUGACUUCCCUGAAGAGCUAGAAAAAUGAUGAAGAAGCUUUUUGGCCCAAAGCUAAGGAUGAGUGAAUUCUUGAAGGAAAACAUCAAUAGACAAAGUCGUUACAUUUUGAGUUCUACAUAACUAAUUCAAGAAAACAACUUUAAUAGCGAAACCAAAUGGAAUACAUCGUGUUGUGAAUGUUGUGAUUUCUUUCAUUCUGAUGUGAUCAUUGUGAUGUUUACAUUGUAAAUAUUAUUUGAGAGUUGUAAAAUUUGUCUUUAGUUCAUGAAAGGCUGGUAAUUUCAUAUGCUAUAUAUUCUUUCUAACAAAAAGGUAUUUAAUGAUUAGUAGAUACUAGGAUAAUUCCAUUUAUCUGAUGCUUUUUGGAAAUGUAGCAAUAGAGGAAAAUUGAUGUAUUUAUUUGUAGACCAUAGUUAGCUCUUCAGAGUAGAAAAGAUAAUCAAAGUGUCUAAAUUUGAAUGCUAAAUAGAUAAACUAUUUAACGUGUGUUAAAUAAACUUUAAAUAUGUGAGAGAAUAUCAAGGAGAUAAAAACGACAUCCUUCAAAACAAUUUCCAGAAAACAUGUGAUUUCCACAUUUAUGGCAAAUUUAUCUCAAGUGGGAGUUAAAAUCUCUUAAAUUAGGAUCUCUGAUUACCAAACGCUUUCUUCUGAUCUUGUGAUUUUUUAAAGGGAGAAUGAUGUUGAACGUCCCCUAAUGCUGAGUAUGUGAAAAAUAUGAUGUUUCUCAGUAAUGUUUGUUUCCCAUAAGCCCUCAGAAUAAUGUUUGGUUAUUAACAGUUUCCCUCAGUAAAACGCAUUAGGAGAUAUGACUAUUUUUCCAAGAUGGCUGUAAGAAAUUAACAUGGAAAAUAAAGACCUAUGA